AUGGCUAUUGACUUGUACUUUAUACUUAAUAAUUUCUUUACCUGUGACAUUUGGAGCGAAAAGGACAUACAAAUGAAGUUGGUCAGUUUGAUCUCUUGCACAGAUCAAGGUAUAUUUAAUUGUACAAGAGAGAAUAAAAGUAAAGAUGUCCUGUUACGUGCCUUGGAUUUCGCGAUUCAAAAUUGUUGGUUGUUAACCCAGAGAGAGGAUCGAGAGUUGAAGAGGGGGCUAAUUGGACAUGGUGUACAUUUUAAGGCCUGCCUGCCUGUAUCCAGAAGAGUUCUUUGUGAAUUGAGUAGAAAAUAUGUAUUUUUAGUAAUAGAAGACCAAGAAUUUAAUCUCCUCUUUGAUAUCAGUAAACCCAAUCUGAUCCAAGUUAACGGUUAUCCUAUCCGAGCUUUAAUGACACAGUCGUGA